AAUUAGAAUAAAAAUAAUGUAAUGAUACAAACAAACUCGAAACAGUUUAUGAAAUUAUUAACAAAAUGUCUGAAAAUAACAGCUUAUUUUAUAAUUUAUAGAAGUUAAUCGUUUGGUUCAAAUAAUAUUUCCGAGUAGAUUUCAUAAUUAAUGACGAGUUACCUAAGAUGAUAUUUAAGUAAUAAGAGAAUAUGUUUUAAUAAAUGCAAAACGUUGUGACUAUGUUAGAAUUAAAUUAGGAUAAGAAUAUUAUGUAAAAGUGAUGCUACGGCGAAGAAAAACUUAUAUAAACUGCCUUAAGAAAUAAACGUAUUUAUGAAAAAAAAAUAUGGUGGCUCCAGCAAGAAUUUGUUAACGGAUUUCACGUAGGUUGUGUCAUCCAUGAUUCUGAUGUUUGAAUUUCCAGAAAGCAUAUCGCAUCGUACAACUUUCGAACUCUGAGCCUAAUCGAUGCUUCUUAGGAAUGCAUUCUGACUACAUCUGUUUCUUAUAGGUACAAAAAUUCAGCGUUCUUUAGAACGCAGAACAUUUGAUUUCGAAGAACCAACUUUUUUGACAACUUUUCGCACUGAAAUUUUCUUCUUCUGUUUGAACGGUUUUCGCACACGUUUUUGCAAAUGGGGGUUAGCAGAAUCUUUUAACAGAUAUCCGGUUUAUAUUCAAAGUUGUCAUCUUUUUUGAACUUGCUGUUUGCUCUUCGCACGACUUUUAAGACUAAUUCACGUAAAAUGCCUCGAGCGUGCGUACUUGAAAAUCUCUCAUAUCUUAGCUCACAAUUCGAUAUAUUCGUGUUGUCACUUCUAGACUAUCAGGAAUCAGAAUCAGAACAAAUUGGCUCAAAUGGCACGUUCCCCUUGAUAUUUGGAGAUUUGUGCCUUGCCAUCAAUUUGUUUUUAGCAUAAUUUUCCCGAUAUAUAAGAGGGAAGGAUUGAAAGGAAAUUGUAAGGGUUGGACUAGGAGGAUGGGAAAAAUUGACGACACAAAAACACAUAAAAGCAAAAGUAAAUUCUGCACCCCUAAGGGAUGCCGAACAAUCUGCUGAGGAUCACAUUUAGUGGAAGCAGAAGUAAAUUCUGAACCUCUACGAGGUCCCGAACAGUCUGCUGUUAAUAAAACCUCCAACCCCCGAGAGGAUUUAGAGAUCUUACAAAAGCGACACCAUUCUGCACUCCCGGAAGAAUGCAGAACGAUUCGCAGUAUGUAAGAGCAGAAGUAAACUCGGUACCCCCAAAGGAUGCCAAACAAUCUGCUAAACCUUAUUUAAGGUGAAUACAGAAGGGAUUCAUUCACUCCAGGAAGAACGAUGAACCCUUCUGACUAUAGCUCCUUACCACAUUGGGUGAGAAACGAGAGAAUAUUCUUCAAUUUUAGCUCCGCAUACACAGACUCAACCAUGUAUGGAGAACCAAAAACCCGGAUACGUAGCUGUGUCAAUGCGGGACAAUUACAUAUCAGAUGAUAUGAAGUACCAUAAUCGCAUUCACACAAAUCACACGAAUAAUACUCAGCACGUUGAAUAGUAGCCAUGUGAUAAUUGAGUUUGCAAUGUCCAGUCAGAGCUCUGAUUAGAAUACUGCAAUGAUGCUUGGAGAAAUGCAGUAGACACUUUGACAUUUUCAGAUUUAAAUCUGGUAGAAAUGCUUUUGUCUGAGCGCAAGUUUGCAAGCUGCGCCAGUAGCUGGCAUGUUUGGAUGCAGCCCAAGAACGAAUCUUGUGCUUUAUCCAACUAGUUGAAAGUGGUAAAGUUGGUUCAGGACCAACGAAAUCAUUCGUUGCACCAGCUCUAGCCAACUCAUCAGCCCAUUCAUUUCCAGUAAUACCAGAAUGGCCGGGUACCCAUAAGAAGUAAACAGCAUUUGAAAUGAUGAGGUCUUCAAUUUGAGUUCGACAUGCGAUCACUAGAUUCGACCGUGAGUCAUUCGAACUGAGUGCUUUUAAGGCUGCCUGACUGUUGGAACAAAAAUAAAUUCGUUUACCACAGAUCCUCUGCUGAAGUGCCGAUUGUACUCCACACAGAAUCGCGUAGAUUUCUGCUUGGAACACAGUACAGUAUCUACCAAGUGAAUGAGACUGCUCCAGCCUCAUUUCACGACAGUAGACACCAGCACCAGCACGACCAUUCAACAGAGAACCGUCCGUAUAACAAACUAUGUGUUCAUCAAGUUGUCGUUCCAGACAACCAGACAACCAUUCCUCACGAAGAGGAUAGCUCACAUUGAAUGUUUUGAAAGGAAAACUGCAUGUGAGAGUUAGGUCACUAGGAGCGAGUAAAUACUCAUCCCACGUAACCAUUUGAGACCACAAGCGAGUGGGGCUAGUAGCAUAGUUUAUAGGGUUACUGUUCCAAAGCCCUGUAACCUUAAGACGGUAUGCACAAGAUAAUGCUUCUUGUUUUAGGAACACAUGUAGUGGUUUAAUGCACAGUAGCGCCUCUAGAGCAGCAGUAGGAGUUGUCGUGAAUGCUCCUGUCAUCGCCAUUAGGACCAUCCUUUGGAGAUGAUUUAGCUUUGACUGAACUGUCGCGACUUCUCCUUUCUGCCACCAUACAAGACAUCCAUAUGCUAAAAUUGGUCUAACAAUAGUUGUGUAGAUCCAAUGAAUAUAUCUGGGUUUGAGUCCCCAUGAUUUUCCAAAAGCUCGUCUGCAUUGGCCGAAAGCCAUGCAAGCUCUUUUAAUUCUGAAGUCAAUGUGAGCAGACCAAUUCAGUUUUGAGUCAAGAAUAACCCCGACGUAUUUAGCUUGUUCGACCACAGCCACAUCUGAACCAAAGAACUGCAACGGACGAGCUCCUGUGAUUAUCCCACGAUGAGUGAAAAGCACCAUUGAUGUUUUGCCCGGAUUUAUAGAUAAUCCAACCUGACAACACCAUUGUUCAACAGAUCGCAGGGCUUGCUGCAUUAAAUCGAAGAGAGUGUUAAUGCUUAUACCGGUCAUCAAUAUAUGAUAAUCGUCGGCAAAACCAUAAGUCGGAAAUCCAAGGUUAUUAAGUUUCCUUAACAAACCAUCAGCGACUAGGUUCCAUAAAAGUGGGGAUAGUACACCACCUUGAGGACACCCACAAACACUCAGUUUUCUAAUCUCUGCUUGCCGAAGCGAUGAACAAAGAAGUCGAUUGCUAAGCAUUGCGUGUAUCCAAUUUGUGAUACUUGAAGAUAUGCCAUGACCAAGGGCUGCUUCCAGAAUUGAAUUGAAAGACACGUUAUCAAAAGCACCUUCAAUAUCUAGGAAAAGAGUUCGUGCUCGCAUCUCAGCCAACGCAGUCGAAAAUCGUUUGCGGUCGAAGCAAAAGAAACAAAGACAAACAGUGCAGUGAACAAUAGAGUGUACGGAAUGGUCAAAUACGAUUUAACAAAGCCUAAAACUUGGCCAACAAGGCCAAAUUCAAUUUGUAUAGAUUUCAAGCGUUGCAAAGUUAGACCAGCAGCAAAUGAAAUUGAAAUCUUACUUAAAGAACGAAUGCAUCUAGACGCUAAUAAUGUAACUGAGAUUCAAUUCAACAAGGCGUCUAACUGUGUGUACAUUAUGUUUAAACGUGAAAGCGAUGCAAUUGCAUUCGCUUCGGUUAACAACGAGGUGCACAGCGUUGAGUGUGACAACAUUAAAUACAAAAUUCCUGUGCACAUGGUGGACAAUGCCAUACAAGUACGCGUGCAUGACCUUCCCCCGCAGUCCACCGAUGAGUAUGUUCGGGAAAGUAUGUCGCAGUACGGUGAAGUUCUUUCCAUCGAAAGGGAAGUAUGGCAGAAUUUUUUUCCGGGUAUCCGGAAUGGCGUGCGAGAGGUACGUAUGCAACUACGUAAAGCAAUUCCAUCUUACAUCAUUUGUAAUCAAGACGGGAAACAUCCGUGUAAAACGCUGAUUACGUAUGAAAAUCAACUGGUUACAUGUCAGUUUUGUGAACAACCUGCACACUACGGUAAACCUUGCACUGAAACUGCGAAAAGAACAUCUUCAACAAAAGACAAGGUCAACCGUUCAACAACGAAAACUAGUGAGCGUAGUACUCCUGUUUCACCAUCAAACCAACCAACAACUGCAACCAAUGUACAACAAGGCGCUCCUACAGCAACUAGCAACGAGCUCAAGACUGCGAACAACAAGGAAAACGAAAAGAAGACGGAAAUCAACAACAAAACAACCGAUGCGGCAAUGGAGGACGAGACGAGCCACGAACAAAGUGCCCCUCAACCCUCGCGGAAGGGAAAUGGAAGCUCUUCUCCUCCUAGAAAAAGAGUGACAACGAGAUCCACUUCGAAAAAUUAUUUAUUUAAAAAAUCGGCUAAUUCGGCCACGUAAAGCUUGUACGCAAAUAGGCCUGAAUAAAAAACAUCUUUUAAAUAAAAAAAAAAAUAUCUAGGAAAACUCCCAAGCAAGAUUGCUUUUGUGAGAAAGCUUUUUCAAUGUUGUACACAACAUCAUGUAACAGGGUUGUAGUGGACUUUCCACGUUGGUAAGCAUGUUGCAUUCCAUGUAGCGGAUGCACACCCAAACUAACAUUCCUGAUAUAGUGAUCUACUAUGCGAAUCUACUGUUUUAAGAAGAAAUGAGCUUAGACUGAUAGGCCUGAAACUCUUCGCUUCCUCAUAAGUGUCGCGACCGCCUUUGGGAAUAAAUUUGACAAUUAUUUCCUGCCAAGCUCUUUGAAUAUAUCCUGUCGCAAGACUAAAAGAGACUUGUAAGGAGCAAAACUCUCAACUGCCCAUUUGACCGAUUCAAUCGUCACAACGCUUCGAGCAAGGGCCCAAGAAUCGUAACUACCUGAAAAAGUCUCGGGAAGAGCUGUCGGUGAUGGAUCCAUACAUCCUGGAAAGUGAGUGUUAAAAAGAUAGUGAAGUACAUCACCUUCAUCAGACAAGUGUUCACCAUCUGAAGUUCUUAAGAAACUGACAUUAAAGUCCUUAGACUUCGAAAGUAACUUAUUUAAUCUGCUAGCCUCGUUGGGACUAGAGACAUUUGUGCAGAGGCUUUACCAACCACUUCGCUCAGACGAUCGAAGAGCAUUUUUGUAAGCCCUUCGAGCCGACACGAAUGCCUCCGACCCAUCUCUGCGUCGGUGGUUCCAAGCUCUUCUGCAUAGUUUCCUUAGUCUAGCAAGUUCAGCAUUCCACCAAGGAGUUCCUCUAGUAGCUCGCACAAUCCGAAGUGGACAAGCCUCUUCAUAUGCUGCAACUAUGAGUGAGUUUGUCUCGUCGACAACAUUUUCCAAAUCAUUUGGUGUUUCAAUUGUUGGUUGGUACCCGUAAAAUCUAGUCGCCAAGCCCUCUUCAUAGAGGUCCCAGUUUGUAGAUUUGGGAUUACGAUAUGUGAUAAUAUCAAAUUUAACGUUUGAAUGAUCAAAGAAGAUGUACUUAUGAUCAGACAACGAAGGUUCGAGCUCAUCGGAGACGAGCCAAUUCACCAACUCAUGCGCAAUUCUAUCAGAGCAGAGAGUUACGUCCAAAACCUCCUCUCUUCCAGCUCUCGCAAAAGUUGGACGGUUUCCUUCAUUGACUAUGUGCAGGUUUGUACUGCUCACAAAUUCCAUCAUAUCAGAGCCCCUCAAAUUUAUAUCUGUGCUGCCCCAAAUGAUAUGGUGAGCAUUUAUGUCACUGCCAAUUACAAGCGGUAAAUCACUUUUGCAGCAGUAUGAUACAACCUUUUUGAAGUCAUCGCUUGGCGAAGGUUGGUUAUGCGGCAAAUAUGCCGAACAAUAAACAUAUUUCCUGUCUAUGCUAUCAGUAGUCAUACCAACUGUGACAGCACAAAUAUCCCGAGUUGUGAGCUCCGAUAUGAGAGAAACAUCGAGAGCACUAUUUGUAAGUAUGCAUGCUCGAGGCAUUUCACGUGGAUUAGUCAUACCGGUCUUGUUGAAGGCAACAAAGACUGGGUUUAACAAUUUUCCAACGUAGAAGUUUCCCUUUUGGAAAUAUGGUUCUUGAACCAAAGCUAAAGAAGCUUUACCUUCUUGCAGAAGUCUGGAUAGAUUCAUAGUUGCUGUACGUUUAUGCUGGAGAUUGAUUUGUGCCACUCUAACCAUUAUCAAUU